AUGGAUCACUUUCUCAAAUUAUUGCCCAAAUUGACGCCUCAAUUGAGAAAGGUGAGAUGUCGUCGGUUCGGGAUUAUUUCCCAGGAGUAAGGCGAAUUAUUUGGAGAGCAACGGAGGAAGGUUUUAUGGUUGAAUGGAAAGGAAAUUACUGGUGGAAAAUUGGAGUAAACAGCGCUCGUUUCUUUCUUUUUCCAAUUGAAUUCAAUUUGAAAGAUGAAGGAAUAGUUUAGUUUGAUAAAUAAUUCUAUCCCUCUUAUCUGCAAGAAUAGAAACGCAUUCAACAGAAUAAUUCAUGAAAUGGUGUUUGAAAAGUACAUUUUGAGUUCAGGGUGACUGUGGGAAAAUCGCCGUGAUCGGUGGAUCCAUCGAGUACACGGGAGCUCCAUUCUUCGCCGCAAAUUCGGUCGCCCAUCUCGGGGCCGACCUCAUCCACGUCUUCUGCUCGGCAGAUGCGGCUCCGGUCAUCAAAGGAUAUUCUCCCGAUCUGAUCGUCCAUCCCGGAAUGACUGCCGCUUCGAUUCUUCCGAAGCUCGGCCGAAUGGAUGCGAUUGUGAUCGGACCAGGACUAGGGAGAAAUGCGAGCAUUUGGCCGUUGAUGCAGGACCUUUUCCAGUUCGUUAAAGGAAAAAACGUGCCAUUUGUGAUUGACGGCGUAAUUCAAAAGUUCAAAGAGUGUGAAAUGACGUUUAAUUUGCAGGACGGCCUGUGGUUUGUGUCAGAGCACAUAGAAAAGUUCCCACGGCAGAUGGUGAGCACGGUGCUCACUCCGAACUUUGUCGAGUUCUCCCGCUUGUGCAAGUCGGCUCUCGGAGAGGAAGAUGUGCUCGGAGUGAAGAGUCACACGCAACUGCAGCACUUGGCAGCCGAACUGAGCAGAAAAAUGGAUGUGACAAUAUACAUGAAAGGAGAGGUGGAUCUGGUUGUUACUCCGAAUGGAGAAGGUCAGUCAAUUGCUCUCUACACCCAGAAAACGAAAUUGUCAUUACAGUGUCGAGAUGCUCAACCGAUGCAAGUCUCCGUCGAUGCGGUGGUCAAGGAGAUGUGACUGCCGGCAGUCUGGGACUCUUACUCUACUGGGCUCAGAGGUCUGCCACUUCAAUAACAAAGCACACAAAAACAGAGACACUUCAGAAACCUCGGCGACGACUGGACAUCAGCACAUCACGAGGCAGGAAUAGCUGCAAGUUGGUUGGUCAGAACAGCAGGAAGACGAGCAUUCGAAAAGCACGGACGGUCGAUGAACACGCCUUCGAUGCUCGACGAGAUUCCGAAACUAGUACAAGACGUGGAGACGCGCGAACUGAAAGAUGUCGUUCACUCGGACAGCUCUAAACAUUGA